AUGAACUUUGCUCAAAGCCCUGAAAGGCUUCUGGGCCACCAGAAGAGGCUCAGGGCUACGCGGUUUGUCACAGCAAAAGCCUUUCGGCCGUUUGGCGAGGCCUCACCUCAUCGUGCGGGGUCCGCACCCAGCGGCCAUUCCUCUCAGCGGACCCUGGUUGUAAGGAUGGUUCCCAAAGAAGGCCUGGUGCUGGUGGGGAAAGCAGAAGAGCGCGUGUUUCCACCUUCUGCUGAAGCAAGUAGCUGCGGCUUCGGUUACGCUGAGGAGACGAGCCUCUUCGGGAGAGAAAUGAGCCUCUUCAGGCGCUUUGAUUACCGUCCAAAAACUGAUCCUUACUGCCAAGCUCGUUACACCUUCUGUCCCACUGGCUCUGACAUUCCAGUUAUGAAAGAAGAGGAUGUCAUUGAAGUGUAUCGAUUACAGACUCCAGUAUGGGAAUUCAAAUAUGGGGACCUACUAGGACAUUUGAAAAUUAUGCAUGAUGCUGUGGGUUUCAAGAGUUCUCUGACAGGCAAAAACUACACAAUGGAGUGGUAUGAGCUCUUUCAGCUUGGGAACUGCACAUUUCCACAUCUCCGACCUGGCAUGGAUGCACCAUUCUGGUGUAACCAGGGAGCUGCCUGCUUUUAUGAAGGAAUAGAUGACGCACACUGGAAGGAAAAUGGAACUUUAGUUCUCGUGACCACAAUAUCAGGAACUAUGUUUAAUGAAAUGGCAAAAUGGGUAAAAUACGACAAUGAGACUGGCAUUUACUAUGAGACCUGGACAGUUCAAGCAAGUCCCGACAAACAAUCAGUAGUGUGGUUUGACUCUUACGAAUGCUCUAAAUUUAUACUGAGAACAUACCAGAAGCUAGCUGACUUAGGGGCUGUAUUUAGGAAGAUACAAACAAACUAUACCAGCAUAAUUUUAUUCAGUGGAGAACCGAUUUAUUUGGGAAAUGAAACAUCUAUUUUUGGACCGCGAGGAAACAAGACAUUGGCAGCAGCUAUAAGAGACUUCUACUAUCCCUUCAAACCUCAUCGGACAGUUGGAGAGUUUUUUGUGGAUCUUUUUAAAAUAAUUGAUCGUGUCAUCUUGAAUGGUCAGUUUUACCUCUUCUAUAACUUGGAAUACUGGUUUUUACCUAUGAAGUUCCCUUAUCUCAAAAUAAUUUAUGAAGAGGUCCCUUUACCUACUGGAAGCAAAAUGUCCUUCGGGGUAUAACUGCUUACUGAAGAACUGAACUUGCCCUUAUGCCAGAAUAUCCUUAA